AUGUGGUGUGCGGAGCGGGGAAGGGUGCGGAGCUGCAGCCGGCAAACCGCCGCUACCGCCGGCCGCCUCCCGGCCCACCGCUUCCUCCUGCUGCUGCUGCUGUUGCUCGUCCUGCUGCCCGCAGUUCAACCUUCAAAGAGAUUUUUAAGAAGUGCAGAGCCAAAACACGACAACUUAAAAAUAGUGGGAUCUGUCAUAUUUCCAGUCAAAGUUUAUGUCAAGCUGAAUCACAACAGUCCACAUAUUUUAUGUCUGACAAAUCAUCUGCGAAACUUAGAACUGAUUGAUCCAGUAUUCCAGUGGACUGGACCAGGUGGUAGUCUUUCUUCAGAAAAUAGCAGUGUGAAAAUAUCGCCAUCAGGAACUUUAAUAUUGAGACACUUCAAUCAGAGUGGAGUUUACACUUGUUCCAUUGGUUAUAAACUAACAGCAAUGCAACCUGUUGAACACCUCGUAAUAAAAUACCUUAUUUAUGCUUAUUCUGAUCCUAAAAAUUACUAUGAGCUCACAGCCCAGUAUCACACAGCCCCCUGCAACAGUUCUAAGAACGCUUAUUUUGAGAAAGCAUUGCUUCAGAUACUAAGCAGUCUUGUUGCUGAACUUUCUUGUGAGGUUACAUUAAUUAAGUCAGAAUGCCAUCAUGUAAAAAUGCAGAGAGGAGGCCUACAGAAUGAAAACUUCUUUACAUUUUCAGUUACUUCCUUAGACAGCGAAAACGGCAGACUAUGUCAGCAAAGAAAUUGUAAUGCUUUUUAUAGACUAAACAAGGCUAAACACCUUAUAGAGAGAUUUUUUAAGCAACAAGCGGAAAAUAUCAGGAAAAGUUCUGAACCGUUGCCUAAAAUAUACUACAUUGAUGGUACUCUGCAAAUGGUAUGGGUUGAUCGCUGCUCUCCAGGGUAUGGAAUGAAUGCUCAAAUGCAUCCAGAAUGUCCUGGGUGUUGUGUUGUAUGCAGCCCAGGAUCAUACAAUCCUAGUAAUGGAAAUCACUGUCUUCAGUGUGACAGAAGUUUGAUAUAUGGAGCAACAAAGUGCUAA